CACUCUGUUGUAGAGAGAGGAGAAGCAGAAACGCAGCUGAGCCUGAACUAUCGAGUCUUUCGUGUCAGUAUCCUCUGCUUGUGUUUUAUUGGGAUUUCUUUGGAGAUGGAUGGACUGAUCAGGAUGGAGAGACAAAAGUUUCCUUUCACUAUUGAAAACAUACUAAGCAAAUAUCCAAACAGUAAUGAAGACAGAUGGUCAUGUGGAACAAGUGGGCUAAAAGAGAAGGCAGUGAGUCCUGUUGGAGGCCAGACGGCGACUGUUCAUCAUGCCUGUCUGUGCUGCUGCUACUGCUCCCACUGUGGAGACAUAUUCCAGGCUGAUUUCAUUCAUGAAGCCUGUCAAUACGGAUGCCCAGCGCCGAUACUCACAGACCCAUGCAGGUUAGGCGAUGCUCACAGAGAUGAGCAAGCGCCCGGUCAGGCGCAGAGGCGAACCAGACGUCACCGCACUAUUUUCACAGAGGAGCAGCUGGACGCACUGGAGGAGCUGUUCCUGCAGAACCAGUAUCCAGAUGUGAACACAAGGGAGAAACUAGCACAGCACACACACUUAAGAGAAGAAAGAGUGGAGGUUUGGUUUAAAAACAGAAGAGCAAAGUGGCGGCGUCAAAAAAGACUCUCAUUUGGUGUGGGAAACACAGAAAACUAAAUUUUGUACUGUAUAUAUGGACCACAGCAGAAGAGAGCCAUGCAUUUGUUUGAGUGUGUGUCCACUUGAGUUACAUAACUACAAGGAUUCUUUUGCUGUUAUUAAAUAUAAUAGCAACAAAAACACAACAGACAAAAGCUUUCCCCACCACAAAAUAGACAAACAUUUUGUGUGUUUGCGACAGUUUUGUAGCCUAUCUGAAUCUGUUACUCUGUUCGCUUGAGUGCAUGAAAGAAGGAAUAGCCUAGGCUCAUACUAAUCUUGAAUCGGUAAAUGGAUUGUUACAGUUUGCACUGUUUGUGAAAAAAGUGUCCUUGAGAGCAAAUAAAGUUGUUUUGAGAGAUUUCAUUUUUAUCCAA